CUCCUCCGCAGCAACGAAGCCAACCCCCACCCCAUCCGCCCCCUGCGCGCGCGCACACACAGAGAGUGUGGGGAAAGAUAAGGACCGAGUGAGGCCGCGAGGGAACUGUGGAGGGCCAUGAAGACGGAGAUCUCGUCCGCUGCGGGCUUCAUCACCCGCCUCCUCCGGACGCCCGGCGGCAUCGGCGACGAGGAGCUGCGCUGCUUCAGCGAGUCCCUCCAGGAGGCGCUGCGAGACCAUUAUAAGCACCACUGGUUCCCCCUGAUGCCUUCCAAAGGCUCAGGAUACCGCUGCAUUAGGAUCAAUCACAAGAUGGACCCCUUGAUAGGAAAGGCAGCGGGUAUGAUCGGACUAAGCCACGAGAGACUCUUCCAGCUCCUGCCCAGCGAAUUAACUCUUUGGAUCGACCCCUUUGAGGUGUCCUAUCGCAUCGGAGAAGAUGGGUCGAUCUGUGUCCUCUAUGAAGGCCCUCAGCCAGCAGUGAAGAAUGCCAAAGCUCUUGAGAGCAUGAGCAGCUGUAAAGAGGAGUGGAGAAUUGGCAGAGCCAGCCCUUCCAAAAACUACAACAUGAUGACAGUUUCCAGUUAAAAAAAUUAACAUUCCCUGUACAAUGAUGUAUGUAUGUAUCCCGCUUUGAUAAUGAAGUUAGAUGAUGUAAUUGAUAUGUUGAUUUUCACCCCAUAGUCAUUAAAGUUGUAGUAGUACUGCCAAAUUCUUUGUUUUGUGGCCAAGGGCUAAUGUAUAAAAACAGUUCUUUAACUGUGUACUUUUUCUGGAUUGUAUACUGUAAAUGAAAUUGUACAGUCAAGAUGAUUGUUUUACAGAUUUAUAUUUUGGAAAAAAAUCCUUGGCUAUUUGUAAUAAAAAUGAAAUUAAUUUAAA